CUUUUAUUGUUUAGAAGCAAGAGUUCUGUAGAUCUACUUGCAAACACUUCGCCAAACCUGCUAUGUUGUCUUUUUCGCACGUAAUUGAAAGAAUGGUUUUGCAAACCAUGAUUGUGCCAAAUUGGGUCGAAUUUUCGACGUGUUAAAGUUCGUGAAAUCGAUGUCGCAGUGCGAAAUUUUGUGGUGGGGAAUCUUUGAGUUGGACAUAAGAGGUGGUUUGUGAGCAGAGCCCUGGAUCCAAAUCAAUAAAGUUAGUUUUCCGGCUUGAAUUUGCGUGAGAGUGAGACUGUUUAGAGGACGUGCAGAGGAUGGUAGAGUGGGUGCAAUCAAUCACACAUUCUGUUGCAGGUUGAGAAGUGAAUGAAUGCGAAGAAAAACGAAACAUCGGAAAGCCACUUCGGGUGUUUGAGUGAAGAACGUUGUUCGUUCAAGGCUUUUCAUCCGUGGGGCGGAACCAAGAGCAAGACUUAUGCUCGGAUGGGCUUUCAGAAAUUCGAGCACAACUUUGUUGUCACGUGAAACAACAGCAAAGAUUAGCCGCAAUCAGGAGGAAGCGACUCAGCUCGAAUUUGCACAAUGGAGAAAUACGAGGGUUUUGUGGUGAAGUUCCGGUUUCAGUCUGAGGUGGAAGAAAAGAAGCAGGCAGCGGCAGAUGCAUUGAUGCACUACUCGCAAUUCGCUAUGGUGUGCAUCAGCCAAGGCGUGUCACCGAGCAAGCUCCGGCUCCAUCUGCUCAAGGAGAUCUCGGGAAUGCCAACUGCGCUUAAGAAGCAAUUUCCCCAACAAAGCUCCCCAUCUUCGGCGAGCAAUGUAACCUCGAAGGAUCGUGGAUCGUCCUCGUCGGGUGUUGUUGCUGCCGCUGAGAUGCCGAUCGACAGGUUUCCUCACCUUCAGAAUCGGGACAUGGGUGGCUAGUGGCAAGAGUCUUUCAAGCUCCUCCACUUCAUAUAUAAGGCGAAUCUGCGUAAAGGAGAUAUGGAACCUAUUGCUUCGUAGGCGUGGUGGGGUCGCAACUGAAACAGAAUAGGAUCUAGAAUUAGGAGCAAAGGAGAUUGAGCGGCUACGCCACUGUGGUCCUAUCGCUACACUAAUCUUACGAGAUAAUUGCAAAAAAGGUUGUCAUCUGGGCACUCAAUAACAGAAUUAGGGUUUUGGUUUUGUUAGAUGUUCAUAAAAUUUCAAGUGAUUUUCUUUUUCUUUCUCUGAGGAUUUCGUAUUUUUUUUGCUUGUCUACAGAAUUGCUUAUACCAGAAUGUUUAAGUGGUUGUAGUUAUGGAAGUGAAUUUUUCAGAUUCAACUCGAUAAAGCAGAAAUUAUGGCA